AUGGACAUAUUGGUUAAGAAAAUAUUUUUAGCAUUUAUAUUUUUUCAGGUGAAUCAUCUGCUUGCUCAAAAUGAAGACGAAGAAUUUGGGAGAACGGAAGCCGGCGAAGAAGAGUGGCACAUGGAUUUCAUGCCGACUGGCUACCUUCCUGAUAGCGUCUAUAGAGAAUUAGCCUGGUAUGGCAUACUGCAGAUUCAACCGCUUCAUCAUAGCUCAAAGCACAAGGUUGCGGCACAACUUAUAUGGCAACAUACACUUGGUCGGCCUCAUGUGAUAAUGGAGAAUCCACCUCAAUCGCUGCAAUCAGAAGGCAAAGUGAGUCGCCAAAUCCUGGCAGAGGAGGCAGCCAAGUGGUCAAGGGAACAAAGGGCAGCUCAGGAGGUGCUUAUGGAAAAUAUCAAAAGUGGCGGGAACGGUCUCACCGUCAGGACCGUCACUACAGUUCAUCAGAAGACCAUUUAUAUAAUACAAAAUGGAAACUUUUACAAGUGCCCAGAAGGCUCUGAGCCGGACCUGGACGCAUAUCGCCUGCAGGCGAACAUGCACGAACGGAAGUGCACCUACGGGAAGCCUUCGAUACCAGUGCCCAUUGACCCCUGCAUCGAGGCGGAAAUAGCCCCGAUCGAAUACUCCUUCCACGAGGGCUGGAUGUUCUGCCUCGGAAACGGCGAAAGGGAGAACAACUAUUUUCAGAACGGAACUUUGGACUGCGGGAAUAAAACUAAGGUAUCUGUGGAUGAAUUCCUAAAUAUGUGCGCCAUCGAUAACAACGUUGUUAUAACAUUUGACUACUUUGGUGACGAGCCUCGAAAAGACAUGAUGCACAAUGCUACACUGUGUACUACUUGGGACCCAUGUCGUCUGUCCUAUUUGUAUCGUUUGGAGCCUCCACCGAUUGAGUUGACGCCUGCGUUCCCGACGUCAACGCCGAAUCCUUGCGACACAACUGUCUGCCCCGAGUGCAUAGAGGGUUUUACGGAGGAUCAAGGAGUUCCUAUUGAGGUAUUUUCAGGUGAAGAGGAGACU